AGGGGUGGUAAACAACCUCUUCUCCCACCCGGGAGGACCCUAGCCCAACGAAUACACGCUGUCCCUACGCCGACCUGUGCCACUCAAGCCGACGCAGAUCCAAAUAAGAACGAAGACGGUACCUAUACUACGGACGUAUGGCCGAAGUAUAAUGGGCAAUUAAUGGAAUACAUGAACAUGACUAUUGAAUCGGCAUAUCCAAAUUCACGACGAACCGGUCAUGGACCACGACGAAAACAAUGCGCAUUUUGGAAAGCAUACCUACCUAAUCUCAUGACGGCCGUUGCUGACGUUGGAGAUCCGUUCAUGCUUUGGAAACAGCAAAUGGACAAGUGGCAGAAUGAGUACAUCAUGGACUGGCAGUACCACUUUGAGCAGUACAAGAAAUAUCAGACCUUUCGUGACACAGAUUCCUAUUCAUGUAGCGGUGGCCCAUAA